AUCUUGUGUUGUAAUGGGUUUUUGUUUAUCAUGUAGUAGUACUUGUUUUGUUUGGCAGUAACGAACGCAGAAAAAAAAUAUUGAUAGAAAAUCUAUUGAAAUUUAUAAUUUUCUAAGCAUAAUUUGAUAAGUGAUAAUUUUUUUACAUUACAAAAUAGUUAAAGAAUUUUUUUUUGGCACGGGCUUAACCUGCUUCCUCCCUCCUUCCCAUAGUUUUGUAGAAACUUAUCGUCUAGAAGCUCUCUCUCUCCCUCUCUACCAUUGAAGGUGAAGGAAGAUGGUGAGGCAGAAGAUUGAGAUAAAGAAGAUCGAUAACUUGACAUCGAGGCAGGUGACUUUUUCGAAGAGGAGAAGAGGGCUUUUCAAGAAAGCGAAAGAACUCGCCACUCUUUGCGAUGCUGAGAUUGCUCUCAUUGUUUUCUCGGCCACCGGCAGGCUCUUUGACUACUCCAGCUCCAGCAUGACGCAAGUCAUCCAACGGCGUAAGGCGCAGCCAGAGGGUAUCAACCGACUCCGGCAAACUUUCCUCAAUCAGGUGGGAGGCGACAUUGAUGAUGCGAUCAGCAAGGAACUCACGGCCUUGACUCGCGAAUACAAGCAACUUAAUGGAGAAGAGCUCCAAGAUCUCAGCAUGAAUGAACUGGCUAGACUGGAGAGAGUGGUGGAGUCUGCAUUGGGCCGAGUUUCUAAAACAAAGAAUGACCAGCUUAUGUUUGAGAUCAGCAAGCUGGAGACAAGGGAAAUAGAACUGAAGAAAGAAAACGAGAUGCUGAAACAGCAAGCUGAGAAAAAAAGAAACGCAACGGAACAAGGAAGUUCAGUUGAGUCCAUCGCCAACUCCUAUGGCUUUCGGGCCCGUUGUCCGUACGAGGACAAGAGUGCCUCCGACACCGCUCUAAAGCUCGGGUUACCUUUUCCCGCCGGCGACUGUUAGAAGUUAAUUAUAUUCAGAAAAUGUGUACUCUUUAAUUUGAAUGUACGUUUAUUUACCUUUAUAGUUCAAUGUUUAUAAAUUGACCCAUUUGGUGACAAUUUAUUA